AAGCUCUAACUCCGAAGCCAUCUCCUGCCUUUUCUGUACUAUCCAAGAUAUUCCUUUCCGCAAUGGGUCUUUCAUUUCUACUUCAUUUCUCCAAUUUAGCAGUCUAACAACAUUCGAAGUAUAGAAUCCUUUCAUUCCAUUUAAAUACCUCUCUCUCUCUGGCUUCAGAGUCCUUUGCCUUUUCAUUCUCUCAAAUUUUCUGAUCUGAUGGGCGGAAGUAUAAUAGAUGACGAAUGGGAGCUUACUUUUCCAUCUAAUGGGGUCCGAACAGUGGUUUUGGUUGGACGUACUGGGAAUGGGAAAAGUGCAACAGGGAACAGCAUUCUUGGGAGAAGGGCCUUCAAGUCGAAGGCAAGCUCUUCUGGCGUUACAAGCUCUUCUGAAAUGCAGAGAACUGUCCUAAGAGAUGGGCAGAUUAUUAAUGUCAUAGACACUCCUGGGCUAUUUGAUUUCUCAGCUGGACCUGAAUUUGUUGGCAGAGAAAUAGUGAAAUGUAUUGACUUGGCGAAGGAUGGUAUCCACGCAGUUCUUGUAGUUUUUUCAGUUAGGACCCGCUUUUCACAAGAAGAGGAAGCCGCACUUCGUGGCUUGCAGACAUUAUUUGGAAGCAAAAUUGUUGACUAUAUGAUUAUGGUCUUCACUGGGGGGGAUGAGCUUGAAGACAAUGAUGAAACUUUGGACGAUUAUUUGGGCCGUGGGUGCCCAGAGCCGCUAAAGGAAAUCCUUGUUUUGUGUAAGAAUCGGCUUGUGCUAUUUGAUAACAAGACCAAGGAUGAACGUAAGAGGAUUGAACAGAUUCAGCAACUUCUCUCCCUUGUAAACAUCGUCAUCGCACAAAACAACGGUCAACCAUAUACCGAUGAGUUAUUUUCUGAACUGAAGGAGGGGUCAAUCAAACUCCGCAGUCAACAAGAGCAUGUUGAUUCCCUGAGAGGUUAUUCUAAACGAGAAAUAUCAGAGUUUAAGGAACAGAUAGAACGUUCAUAUGAAGAGCAGCUCAAUCGAAUCACUGAGAUGGUUGAGUUGAAGCUAAGAGAGACAACUACGAGGCUGGAACAACAAUUGGCACAAGAGCAAGCUGCUCGACUGAAGGCUGAAGAGCUAGUACAUGAAGCUCAACUGAAAUCCAGUGAAGAAAUUCGUAGGCUCAGAGAGCAUCUAGAAAAAGCAGAGGAGGAGCUUCGUAAGCACAGUGAAACUCGAUGUACCAUUCUGUGAGGUAAAGGUUAUGAAGACAGUUGCUGUGGAGUACAGACCUUCCCUUUUAAUUUUUUCGUGUUUAAGUUUCUACAAAAAUUGAUUGACAACAAAAAGAAGGAUUAAUCGUCUAUGUAUAUGUUUCUAGCACAAACAUAAAUGUAUAGGUAUGUGUUUCUAUUGA